AUGAGUCUCAAAGCCACUACCUCAUUUAGAUAUGAAAGGGAUGCAGCCAUCCGAGCCCCAUGGGACAACGCCUUCGAAGCAUUUGAGGCCUUAUUGGAGCAUUUCAAAGCGAAUGUAGAUUUGUUUCUCCUGAUGUCCAAUGUGGUGAUGCUCAAGCUACAUGACUCAACUAAUCUCAUGUGUCUCUUCGAACAAACCGAGCAAUGUUGCCGUAUGAUGGUCAAGAUGCAUCUCGAAGAGACGCCUGAGAUUAGUUGCGUCCUCUAG